AUGUGUGCAUGUUUCUUUUCUAAAUGGGAUUUGUUUUCGCCGCAGUUGAAGUUGUUUGAAAAGCAUUGUGGUCUUCUAACCGAGCACCGCGUGAAACAAUCAUUAGCCAACAUAUACCAUUAUGCUCUUCACAAGGAAGCAAUCCACGAAGCAAUUAUCCUAGCCUGUGGCAUGCACAAAAUCCACUCACAUGGCAUUGAUAUGGCAAAUCCGAAAAUAGACUUAACUCCCUCACCCCUUCAUGGCACUUUUCAAUACUGCGGACGUGUUUCUGUCAAUGCACUACCAACACCGAAAGUUGAGAGUUAUGGAAAAACAUAUCAAGUGACGGUGGUUCCCUCAAAAUCAAUCCCUCAUGGACGCCAUAGCAUGAUUCAGAUCUGUUUUCAUCGGAAUGAUUCGUUGGGGUUAUGCCAAUGUGACAAAGACGAUUGGAUGGCUAUUCAAAAGGGUUCCUGGAGUUCCUUUAUGCCACCUCAUGAGAAAAGAAUUGUUGAUGUGAAGUUUGCUGCUGGAAUUUCCCACUUUGUAACUGUCGCUCUUGAUGAAGGUCAAGUUAUUACUCUUAUUAUUUUUUUUUUACUUUGUAUUCCCACAGUUUCUGAAUAUGCGUAAUCUAAUUACAAGAA